GUAGUUUAUAACGCGGUGCAAAUUAAAACGCGACAGUUUCUAAGAACUUCUUCAAAGGAAGUAAGAAUGGCUUCCGUGUGUUUGACGCUCUUUGUAGGCGCACUCGCGCUGUUUGUUCUCUAUUUGAUAAACAAAUACACUUAUUGGAAGAGACAAGGAAUUCCAACUGCCAAAGGGUUAAUACCAUUACUGGGUCAUUAUUUACCGCUGGUGACUAUCAAGUCAAGCGCCUCGGAGCUCAAUCGUAAGAUAUACGAAAACGCCAAAAACUGUAGCAUGAUUGGAUUGUACAAGAUAACGUCUCCGGUACUCCUGAUUCGCGAUCCGCAGUUAGUGAAAACAGUCUUGCAGAGCAACUUCUCGAGCUUCCACGAGAACGGAUGGAAAAUUCAACCGGACAUAGACCCUUUGCUAGCGAAGAACCCGUUUUUCUGUUACGGUGACGCCUGGUCGACGGGACGAAAACGGUUAACCUACGCUUUUUCGAGCAUGAGAUUGAAAAUCCUCUACGAGGCUGUUAGCGGUGUGUGCAAGAAACUCGAGAGGUAUCUCGAGAGGCGAGUGGAGUCGAACAACAAGUACGAAGUCGAGCUGAAGUCUUUGUUUUCAAGAUUCACGGGCGAAGUUGUAGCGAACGCUGGUUUAGGCGUAGAAGGUUUUUGUUUUGAGGAUGAGCCGCACUCUGGGUCCUUCGACGAGAUUGGCAAAUCCCUCUUCAAUCCGAGCUUAAAGAACGGAAUCGCAAAUGCUAUUAUAUUCUUCGUAAACACGAUCAACGACGUGUUGAAGGUUGGCUUUGUACCGAAAGAAGUGGACGGGUUCUUCAGGCACGUCAUCUCUGAAAACCUGCAGGCAAGAAGAAACGAAACGACACCCAGGAACGAUUUCCUCCAAGUGAUGAUCGAUCUCGAGAAGACAGAAGGGAAAAAAUUGGACGAAGAUACGCUCGCGGCUCACGCGUUUUCUUUCUUCUUCGACGGCUACGAAACGUCCAGUAUCACGCUCAGUUUCAUCGGGUAUCAAUUGGCGGUUUAUCCGGACGUUCAAGAGAAAUUGAGGGAGGAAAUCAGGUCCACCAUCGCCAAGUACGACGGUAAAUUGACGUACGAUAGUUUGAAGGAGAUGAAGUACAUGGAUCAAGUGAUGAACGAAUCGCAGAGAUGUUAUCCUGCUUUGGGCAUCAUGAAGAAAAUCUGCAAGGAGGAAUUCGAGCUCAAAGGAUCGGAUGGACUGUGCUGUCGAGUGAAACCUGGAACAGAAGUUGUUAUACCUAGCCACGCGUUGCAUUUGGAUCCCAAGUACUGGAUCGAUCCGGAACAUUUCGAUCCGGAUCGAUUUAGCGAAGAUAGGAAGCAAAGCAUCGAGAAAAUGGCCUUUUUACCUUUCGGAGAAGGUCCCAGGAUGUGUGUUGGUAUGAGAAUGGCAGUUUUGCAGAUGAAGGCUUGCUUGGCAACUUUGCUGCGUAGCUACAAACUCGAGCUGUCGUCGAAAACGCAGCUCCCCUUAAAAUUAACGCCGGUUCAUUUCCUGUCCGCGCCAGUCGGUGGUUUAUGGGCCCACGUUUCGAGAGUCUGAGAAUUUUUA